AGUCAAAACAAUCCUCAAUAAUCCCCAAACCCAAUCCCUUUACCUCCUCCCCUUUCCUGUCUCCACCCACAAAACAGACACCAAAAGCGAACACCGUUUCCACCACCACCACCAAAAGCCAUGUUAACCUCGCCAUCAUCCUCCCUCCACCACUCUCCCCCCUUCCACUCUAAAACCCUAACCCUAACCCUCACCCCAUCAACUCUCAAAUUCCAACCAAACCCAAAACCCCAGUCCCAUCUCCACAUCACCAACAGCAGCAGCAGCCACUGUCUUGUCGGAAACCACUUCUUCCUCAGCGCCAAACGGUUCCCGUUCGUUGUCGCCGCGAGCAAAUCCCCGGGAGUGGACGAGCAGAAGUUCAGCCAAGAAGGGUUGGUCACGGAGUCGCUCCCCAACGGUAUGUUUCGAAUCCGAUUAGACAACGCCGACACUAUCAUCGGCUACAUUUCUGGGAAAAUCCGAAAGAAAUUCAUUCGAAUUUUGAUCGGAGACAGAGUUAAGGUUGAGGUCAGCCGGUACGACACCACUAGAGGUCGUAUUGUUUUCAGGUAUAAACAGGAUGACGACCCAAGCAAAAGAAAGAUGAAGAAUUCCGAAAUGAAAAAUAAAUCCAGGAAGGAUCCUAUGGACUCUCCCUAAACUAAUAUUUGUUUUUGGUUUUUUUUUUUUUUUUGUUGCGAGUGACACUGAAACAUUUGUGUUUUGAAUUGUGAAUGCUGAGAAUUUGUUUUGUGUUAUGUAAUUUGAGGUUGGUCACUGAAAUCUCGAUUUGGGUUGCGAAUUCGAAUGUAGAUUCUUGUGUUUGUUA